AUGACCAAACAUUCUGUUGUACCGCGGCGUGCGUGGCAGCGCAGACGCCUCAGAAUUGAAAAGGAGUCACCCGUUCUCUUGUCGCCGUCUGGGCAAGAGGCGUGGUCGGUAUCAGAACGCGGGAUACCCAGUAUAUCAGGAUCCGGAUCGGAGUAUGAGAUGGGCUUGGAUUCGAGCUCCGGAUCUAGCUCCGAAACUGAAUCGGAUGAUUCUGCGGACGAGCGGGCGGGAUGGAACCGGAACUUUCCUGGCUUCGAUUCCGGCUAUGGCUCCCAAGAGGAGGAUCCAGAUGAGAAGGCCCGGUACUACGACGAGUUGCUGGAGCGAUUCCGGGCAGAAGGUCCGACGUUAGCCGACCACUCCAGAAAUACAGUGAGAAUGGAGGAGGAGCAGGAGGCAAAGUGGGAAGAGUUCUGCAAAUACAGGAGGCUUGACCCAAUGAGAACCCUGAAGGCGUGUGACUCUCCUGUUUUCAAAGUAUACCUAGUUUGGAGGGUCGAGAAUUCAAGAAUAAAGAAGGAGUCAUCAGUCCUGACCUACUGGAAACUUCUCAGUAUGGUCUAUUCCCAGAAGAUGGCCAGCUGGAUGAAGGAGGAGGUGCUAUAUGACAUUCGGAACUGGAUUCGUACGUAUGUAACACCUACCUACGGCCUGGAUACUAGCAGGAAGGAGAAGGCCGGGCUCUUCGUGGAGGACCUUGCUAUGCUCUUGUACCAUCACUGGGUUCGAGACGAAGAGAUAUUUGCUCAUGAACGCCUUCGCGUGCAGCUUGCAGCAAACCUGAUCCUCGCUGGCGCCACGGCUACACGGCCAGGCGCACUCAUCGGUCAGCUACUAUAUGAGCACCUGGAGUUCCAGCUGUUCCCGCCGCUGAGCGGAGGCCCGCGGCCGCGGAUUGUGCUGAAGGUGAACCUGAAGCACAUCAAGAGGUCCGGCGGCACAUCGGAUCCCAAGGAGUUUGCCUUCCGCGAGGAUGACAUGCUGAUCUAUGACCCGUUGAUACCUAUAAUGGCAAUGGCGCUGGCUGAUGAUGCAUUUGAGAACGGGUUCACGAGCCCUCGACAGAUUUACAAUCUAAUUGUCCCCAAAGGCAGUGACCGUCUACGAAUUCUCUGGAAGCAAGAAUGGCGACAGCGGCCUGUCUUUCGCGAUAUUGAACGCAUGGAUGACGGGGUUCG